AUGUGGUGUGGAUUUACCUCGACCAAUUUUAUUGAUCCAUAUCUGUUACAUGACACCAUGAAUGGUGAGCGUUAUUUGGGUUUCCUACAAAACUUCAUGUGGUCUACUAUUAGUAAAUGGGACAACACUGAUGAACUCAUAUUUAUGCACGAUGGUGCACCGUCCCAUUAUACUCGCACAGUUCUGAAUUGUCUUGACAGUAAUUUUCCUUCCAAAUGGAUAGAUCGACGAGGCCCAACAUCAUGGUCCCCAAAAAGUCCUGACCUCACUCCAUGUGAUUUCUUUCUUUGGGGUUGGGCAAAGGAAGAAGUGUAUAAAACAAAUCCGAAAACUUUGGCAGAAUUGGAAGAACGAAUUCGUACUGUCCUCAACAACGUUCCCCAAGAAUUUCUAAAGAAUUCAACGAGCAAUGUGGCAGUUCGAUUACAGAAAAAAGAUGGACGUUGUGUCCUAGUUUCUUCUAAACCAAAUCAAACAAUAUCUGGUUUGGUUGUUAGUUGUGUAUUUGUUGAUUCUCUUCUUGCAUUCUCACUUGAAUGUUUUUAUAAUACAUCAUGUAUUCAAAUGCAUAUUGAUUGUUUUUAUUAUCAACAAUGUGCACUAGAUCAAUGUACUGAUACUUAUGAAGAACGUUUUAAUAGAGCUUAUGUGAUUGCAACACUACUUGGUAUAGUUGGUGGUCUUUCUACUAUGCUUCAAAUAUUGAUUCCUUCAAAUGUAAAACUUGUUAGACGAUAA